UCCACCACGCCAAUUUUUGAUGCUAGGACAGCGCUCAUACUCAAUGCAACUUCGCGAAGAUAUACAGAACUCACCUCGAUCAUGGCAGUAUACUUCUUUCCUGAACUCGCUGCUCCAUAAGCACUUUCAAUGACAAUUGACAGGGCGCAUGGGAAUUUGGUAGAUUCCUCCGACAUCGGUGCCCAUGGGGUCGGAUGAGCGAAUGCUCUAGCCUGCACCGUCAGUCGGCACUUUGAUGUACGUUCCCAUCGGAUGUCGGCAGGCUUUUGAUUUCUUUCUAGUCAUCGCCUUUCGUAAUCCCUAUAAAAGUAGAUUUCAACAGCAACGCAAUGAGAUGGUCUCUUGCCCCGACUCUCUAACACAUCUUGGUUGCGGUGGACUAGGACGAGAAGAUGAUAUAUCACGACCCGGGAACGGCUUCUCAUUCGGACCACAGUACGCUUGUUGUACAGCGUGACGACGUUUCUUCCAUUGUCUCAAGUGUACAUGAUAUAGAGUUUGCUGAGAAGGGAAGGAGGAACGAUUAUUAUGGAGAUGGAAGUGAUGAUGUGAAGGAACCUGUUCCAAAGGUCAAGGAGACAUGUCCGUCGGAUAUGGACAGAUUCUUGGUCCUAUUUGAGGAGAAUGACCCAGAGAAUCCGUUCAAUUGGUCGGGAACAAGACGAUGGUUUAUUUCUGCUGUGGCAGCGUUCCUGAUUUUCAAUGCAACCUUCGCUAGCUCAUUACCUGCAGGCGUACUCCAGCAGAUGGAGACUCAUUUCAACUUCUCAGGCGAAGUUGGAGCACUGGUGCUAUCCCUUUUCGUACUGGGAUUUGCGGUUGGACCCAUUCUAUGGGGCCCUUUAUCAGAACAUUAUGGUCGAAGACCCAUCUCGUUGUACUCUUUCCCGUUAUUCAUAGGAACGCAGAUUGGAUGUGCCCUCUCGCCCAAUACUGCAUCCAUCCUGAUAUUCCGGUUCUUAGGUGGAGUAUUCUCUGCCGCUUCUUUGACUAACAGCGGCGGUAUCAUGUCUGACAUUUUCGAUGGGUCAGCUCGAGGGAGAGCCUUGGCUGGAUUUACUCUGGCCCCGUUCGCCGGCCCUUCCAUGGCACCGCUUGUUAGUGGUUGGAUGAACGUGGCUGGGGUCAGCUGGAGAUGGGUGUUCUGGCUGCAAACCAUAGUGGCCGGUGCUGCACUAAUCCUGGUUGUCUUUGCCCUGCCAGAGACAUUCAAACCUAUUCUGCUUGUACGGAAGGCUGAAAGGCGCCGUAAGCAGACAGGGGAUGGCCGUUGGUGGGCUCCUCUUGAGAAACAACGUGUCUCUUUCCUACGCCGGGUUAAAGACAUUGUUACUCGGCCGUUUCAGAUGCUAGUUGGCGAACCAAUGCUUCUGGCAAUUACUUUGUAUAUGAGCUUUGUCUAUGGAGUGAUAUACCUUCUGUUCGAGGCAUAUCCAAUUGUCUUCACCAUUGGGCAUCACUUCAAUAGCGGUGUAUCAGGUUUAAUGUUCCUUCCAAUCCCUAUCGGCGGCACUGUGGCUUGUGUCUUAUAUGUCGUCUAUUUUGAUCCCAUAUACCAAGUUGCCGUGAAGGAACACCAUCCUCAUCAUCCGCCCCCAGAGCAUCGACUGCACAAUAGUUUAUAUGCAUCCCUCAUCCUACCAAUCGCUUUCUUCUGGUUCGCAUGGACAUCCUACCCGAGUGUGUCAUUCUGGGCACCCAUGAUGGCAGGCUUUCCUUUGGGGAUGGGCACUGUGCUGCUUUAUCUGGGACUUUUCAACUAUAUCAUUGACACAUACCUGGCUUCCGCUGCAUCUGCCCUUGCUGCUACCGUCAUCGUGCGCUCAUUCUUCGGUGCAGGAUUCCCAUUAUUCGCGAAUCAAAUGUACGAUAAGCUCUCCCCACGAUGGGCUUCGACAUUGCUGGCCUUCAUCUCGGUCGUCAUGGCACCUAUACCGUUUGUGCUCAGGAAAUAUGGUCCCGCUUUGCGUCGGCGUUCAAGGACACGGAUUAAUGACGUUUGACUUGACGAGACAAUAAAUUGCUUUCUUGUGGAGGUUACACUAAUCACAUAGCAGAUAUAGUGUUUGCGUUUCCCCCCUCCCACAUCAUCCCUACUCACAUUAACUGAAUUUCCGUGGAUAUCUCACUAUUAGUAGCCUCUGUGAAACCUUCGACAGCGGAUAUCUGUAGCUUAAUACUUAGUCGUAAUCAAGUAAUUGUUCUUUCGUGCGGGCAACGAUGUCCUGAUCAAGGUGGCUUACUAGUCCAGCGCUGAUACCUACAUUUACUUGAAAAGUAGGAACUAGGUCGUUAGUUCGGACAGCCACUUACCCGCUCGCAUUCACAAAGAAGCGACAAGCGGACAAUCAUCGAAGUGAGCGGGUGGUAGUGUGCGACGGACCAAUAAAACCUACAAACCUGACGCCGUUCAAUAACUCUUUGUGUCGCUAUAGAUCCUACACAUGCCAAGCUAGAUCCGGGAAAGGUGAAGAAAUGCCAUUUCAUCAUAAGGGCGUAUUGCAGACGCUAUCCCCAUGGAGAGAGUUGAGGAUCCACAGUCUCAAAUUCGCAGCUAACAUAUCACAGUACCGCAAGUAUUGCAUGG